AGAGGUGGAGGGACAGGAUGCUUGCCUUGCAAGCAGCCGACCCAGGUUCAAUCCCUGGCAUCCAACAGGUCCUCUGAGUCCCAUUAAUUCCUGAGUGUAGAGCCAGGAAUCCACCCUGAGCAAUGCUGGGUGUUGCCCCCCAAAAAACAAGUUUUGACAUUGCCAAACGUCUCCAGAUGAGCACUUUUUUUGUCAAUGUAUUUAUUUGACAAGCAGUGUAGAUGAAGCCUUUAAGUCAUGAAUCGACAUUCCAUGUAUGAACUUCUCCUGUGACCUAUUGUGUUUUAUUUUAGAAUCAGAACCACAGUUUAAGAACAAUGACUCCAUCCUACAACUGAACAGCCCUGCUAUGGUAAGAUUCAUGCAUUUGAUAAAAUAUGUCUUAUUUUUCAUGCUGAAAAAUUCUUCCUAUUUUUAUCAGAUAGAAGAGAUGGUACAUAGUUAACUUUUGUAUAUUUAACCAAAAUGACCCAGUAGCAUUUCUGAAUAUGGUAAACUUGGGAAUUUUAAUAUUACUAUUAUUAUUACUAUUAUUAAUAUUGUUACUAUUUGAAGCCAAACCUGGUGGGGCUCAAGAGUUUACCCCUAAUUCUUUUUUUUAAACCCCUAAUUCUUUGCUUAAGGAUAACUCCCCUCCUGGCUUGGGGGGCUGUACAGAGUAUUGGGGAUCAGAUCUGGGUCAGCCUCAUGCAAGACAAGAGCCCUACCCACUCUACUGUGUAUACCACAUUUUAUUUUAUUUUAUUUUAUUUUAUUUUUUUGCUUUUUGGGUCACACCCAGCGAUGCUCAGGGGUUACUCCUGGCUUUGCACUCAGGAAUUACUCCUGGCGGUGCUUGGGGGACCAUAUGGGAUGCCGGGGAUCGAACCUGGGUCGGCCGCGUGCAAGGCAAACGCCCUACCCGCUGUGCUAUCGCUCCGGCCCCUACCACAUUUUAUUUUAAAACAAUAUUUUGAGAAUGUGGGGGUUUUGGGCCACACCUGGCAAUGCUCCAAGGUUACUCAGCACUCAAGGAUCACUCCCGAAGAGGCUCAGGGGACUGUACAGGGAUACCGGGGAUUGAACCUGGGUUGCCCCAUGCACGGCAAAUGCCCUUUGUCCUAUACUAUUGCUCUAGCCUCUAUUAUUAUUUUAUUCACUAUCACUAUCACUAUCAUCCCGUUGCUCCUCGAUUUGCUCGAGCGGGCCCAGUAAACAUUUCCAUUCGUCCUAGCCCUGAGAUUUUAGCAGCCUCUCUCUACUCGUCCUUCCCAAUGGUGCCACAUUAGAGGCUCUUUCAGGGUCAGGAGAAUGAGACCAAUCAUUGUUACUGUAUUGGGCAUAUGGAUACACUACGGGGAGAUUGCCAGGCUCUCCUGGGCAUAUUAUUAUUAUUAUUAUUAUUAUUAUUAUUAUUAUUAUUAUUAUUAUUAUUGUCUUUGGGACACACUUAGCUGUGUUCACGGUUUACUCCUGGCUCUGUUCUCAGGGAUUUUUCCUGGCGGGCUUGGGGGACCAUGGUACCCAAGCUUCAACAUGGGCCAACCGUUUGCAUGGCAAGCACCAUACCCACAGUACUAUCUUUCCAGCCCCUGGCUCUAGAUUUCAUAUAGGUCAUCCUGUUUCCUAUAGAAAUGUUUAAAUCAUGCUCUUUUCAACAGCCGAGCCCUGAGCUCUCGUGGAAUGCGUCCGAAAGGGAUAAAUCUGACCAAGACUUGAGAGAAAGUCCAUGCCUUCCUCCCCCUGGGAAUGAUCAGGCAGACGGGAUCUCUUCUAAAGAAAUGGAAAACAGAAACGGCUUCCACACACUCAAGAAACCUGCCACUGGGAAAACGCAUCUUCAGAUGAGUCAUCAGCUUCCGAAGACUCAACCUACCGGUGGGAGGAAGGCCUGUCAGGAUGGUCAGCACGGAAAGGAUUUUAGAGGUUCCUCUUCUCUGAACACUCACCGUCAAAUUCAGACUGGACCCGGGGCCCACGCGUGCAAGGAAUGCGGACAAAGCUUCGAGUGUUUGAAGAAACUUAAAGCUCACACGAAGAACCAUAGUGCGGGGAAACGCUCUACGCGUGAGCCCCACGGCGAAGCCUCAGCUCAGGCCUCGGUCCUUCGCCCUGACUCGGGAGAGAGAGCCUAUACGUGUGAGCAGUGUGGCAAAGGCUUUGCUGCUCCUUCACAGCUGUCAAGGCAUGUUCGAACGCACGCCAGGGUGCAGCUGUUGCCCUGUGACAUCUGUGGGAAGACCUUGAGCAGUUCGUCAAGUCUUAGCAUCCACAAGCGUUGCCACACGGGAGAGAAGCCCUUCGCGUGUCCGGAGUGCGGCAAGGCCUUCGCUCAGUCGUCUCACCUCACGAAACACGUGCGAAUCCACACGGGGGAGAAGCCCUUUGCGUGUCAGGAGUGUGGCAAGGCCUUCACUCAGUCUUCUCAUCUCAUGAAGCAUACGCGAAUCCACACGGGUGAGAAGCCCUUUACGUGUGAGGGGUGUGGCAAGACCUUCGCCCAGUCCUCACACCUCGUGAAGCAUCAGCGACUCCACACGGGAGAGAAACCCUAUGUGUGUCAGAAAUGUGGCGAGGCAUUUUCUCAAAGGUCGUUUCUCACGGUGCAUAGGCGAACUCACUCUGGAGAGAAGAAUUAUCUGUGUGACCAAUGUGGCAACGUUUUUUCUUCUUCCUCCUACCUCACAAAACAUUUGCAGACGCACACGGGCGAGAAGCCUCUUGAGUGUAACACACGUGAGAAGACGUUCUCCUCUUCUUCUUACAUGGCCACUCAUGAGCGUUUUCACACCGAUGGGAAACGCCACACGUGUGAGACAUGCGGGAAGGCCUUCACUCGACGCUCUGACCUGACAAAACACAUGAAAUUCCACACAGGAGAAAAGCCGUUUCGAUGUGACAGAUGCAGUAAAACCUUUUUCUCCUCGCCCCAACUGAGGAAUCAUAUUAGGACUCACACAGGGGAGAAGCCUUUUCACUGUGACGUCUGUGGGAAAACUUAUUCCUCGGCUUCUUAUUUUUCCAUUCACAAGCGCAUUCACACGGGGGAGAAACCCUAUCAGUGUAAGCAAUGUGGAAAGGCCUUUGUGGCCCCCACCGCUCUCUCUCUACACCUCAGGUCUCACACCUUUUGAGUGCGAUAUGUGCAGGAAGUCGUUCUCUUGUGCUUUGUAUGUGACCAUUUACAAGCAGUGGAGAGAAACCAUUUGCAUGUGAGGAAGGUGAGGUCUUCACUAAAUCCUCCAGCCUGCAGCAACAUAGGCACGUUCACACUGGCUAGAAACACCAUACCUGUAAGGGUUGCGGGAAGGCUACCAUGAGGUCCUUCAGUCUGAGGGAACGUAGAGGGGUUCACACGGGAGAGAAACCCUAUACGUGUGAGCAGUGUGAUAAAGGCUGUAAGAAACAGUCAGGCCUUUAUUGCCAGAAGAGAAUCCGCACUUCUGUGAUGGAAUCUCAGGAUUCAGGAAUUGAUUCAGGAAUCACAGAAUCCCUGAGAGAAACUUUACCCAGUCUUCAGGCCUUCAUAAACACAGGAAAAUUUACACGAGGCAGAAUCCACGCAUCUCAGGGCGAGGGCAAGACCUUGCCUCAUCUUCAGGAACAAAAACAAGUGUGACCACUUGUGGCCAUGGUCCUAGCCAUUUCAGAUCUUACCAGGUGUCAUGGAAUUCCCACUGGACAGAUUUCUGAAUGGAAUGUGUCAGAUCUUCUGCCUCUUGUUUGGAAAGCAAAUUUUGGUUUGGGGCCACACCCGGGGGUGCUCAGGGCUUAUUCCUGGCGGGUUCAUGAGACCAGAUGGGGUGUUGGCGGAUCGAACUGGGUCAGCCAUGUCGAAGUCAAAUGCCCUAUCUGCAGUAUUAUUAUUGUUCUGACCCUGAAAACAAAGUGGUUUUGUUUUUGAGCGGGGAAAGAGGGUUGGGUGGAGGUGGGGAUGGUUAUGUGUCAAACCUGCAAUGGCUUAGAAACUGGUUCUGGUGAUAUACUUGGCACGUUUCCAGCAGUGCUGGGGCCUGAACCUGGGCCUUAUCUCGGUGUGAUCCUCGCUGGAUGGACAUUGCCUUCUGUUUUUCACUUG